CACCAAACACACACUUAACACACACAUAGUUAUACAAAUAUUUAGUUUGUGUAUAAAUACAGUUUUAUUGUUACAAAAUAAUAAUAAUAAUUUCUCGUGGAUUGUUUUUUAUUUUUUAUUUUUUGUAUUAUUUUAUAAAAAAAAAAUUCUUUUGGGAAUAAUUUUUUAAAAAAAUUUAAAAUUUAAAUCUUUUUUUUAUUUUUUAUUUUUUCAAAAAACUAUAAAACUAUUUUUUAGCAAAAAAUAGUAAUCCGAUAAAGAAAUGUCGUCGGUAAAAUAUAUUAAUAUAAACGAAACAAAUGAAGGAGCUAUGGACGAAGUUAGAAAGAAGCAAGAGAACAGAUCGAUCAAUAUGAUGGUGUUGACGGUGUUUUUACAGUCCAUAGGGUUCACAUUAACUAUGCCAUCAAUGUACGAUUAUUUAUAUAAUGACGAUCCAAAUCAUAAUACAUAUUUCAGUUUUAUUGUAGCAUCAUACAGUUUGGGACAGUUUAUAGGAUCACCAAUAUUUGGUAAAUGGAGUAAUCGUAGAAAUUCAGGAGAACCACUUAUAGCAUCAAUUGCAAUUUCUGUUAUAGGUUCAAUUCUUUAUGCAGUAACAUACGAAUUCAAGACAAUGGGAUUUGUUGGUGUAAUGGUAGCAGCUAGAUUUAUAGUUGGUUUUGGUGCAGGUAAUGUUUCAGUUUGUAGGGCCUAUGCUUCGGAGAUGGCAACAUUGGAAAAUAAAACUAUAGUAAUGUCGAAAAUGAGUGGUGCUCAAGGUGUUGGUUUUGUAUUGGGCCCAAUUAUCGGAACAGUCUUAAAUUUCAUUAAUUUUCAUAUAAAAGGAUUGGUUGUAAACGGUUAUACAGCUCCAGGUUAUCUCCAAGUUUUAAUUGCAGUCAUCAAUAUCCUUGUUGUUGUUUUCUUAUUUAAGGAUUGUAGAGAUUUAAAGAAGAGAAAUGCCCCAAAGCAAGAAGAAUCAAGAGGUUUAUUAGAUGAUGAGCAGGGAUUAGACAAUCAAAAACCAAACCAAGAACAAGCAAUUUUCCCAAUUAUCCUUUCAAUUUAUUUAUUUGCUGUUGUUAUUUCAAUUUUUGCAGUAUUCGAAACUAUUCUCACUAUUAUGACCAAGCAAUAUUAUGGCUGGGAGAAGAUACCAAAUGGCCUUAUUUUGGGUGGCUCAGGUAUUCUCAGUAUUGUUGUUUUCAUUAUCAUUUCGCGUCCAUUCAUUAAAAAGAUUGAAGAUAGAAAAACUGCUAUUUUUGGCUUCAUAAACUUGUUUGUUGCUCUUAUCAUUUUAACUAAUUAUAAUCACCCAUUAGGUAAAGAAACUAUUUUACCAAAGGUCCAACUCUUCAUUGGUACUUUCUUUGUAUCUGUCGGCUACCCAAUUGCCUCAUCAUUAGUUUAUGCAAUCUUCAGUAAAAUUUUAAAUCCUAAUUCCCCAACAGUUGGUACUAAAAUGGGUUGGUUAACUGCUGGUGGUUCAUUAGCCAGAAUGGUUGGUCCAAUUUGGGCUGAAGCUAUUUGGGAUUCUACAGGUAGUCAAGGUAUGGUUCUCUUUUUAGCAACUGCUGGUUUAACUUUAACAGCUGUUAUUUUAUUAUUGGUUUUCUAUAAAACUUUAGCACCACAUCCAGAAUAUAAAAAACAAAUGUUAUUAAGCAACGCUAUUGAUAAUGUUGAUAAUAAAUAAUAAUAUAAUAAAUAAUAAAAACUAGUUUGUAUCAAUUAUAAUAAUUAACAAU